CUCGUACUAGUACUAGUAGAGUCGCCGGCAUCCGACUCCCAUUUGACUUGCCUCUUCUCCCUCCCGUGUCCCGUCUCCCGUGCAAGUGCCGGCCCCCACUGCAGUCAGUUCCUGCCAACACCUCUCUCGCCAUUAGCACCACAGCGCUGCUCUCGCCAACACCCUCGGCCCUCAUCUGCGGAGCGCCGGCUGCCGGAACAAAAUGGGGCUGGUAUUGUCGAAUUGGUUUUUUCUCUUCUUCGCUUUGGUUCCAUCAUCGUGGAGUUUGAAUUUGGAUGGCCAAGCCCUUCUUGCACUGUCCAAAAAUCUCAUAUUGCCAAGUUCCAUAAGCUGCAGUUGGAAUGCUUCUGAUAGAACUCCUUGUAAAUGGAUCGGGGUUGGUUGUGACAAAAACAAUAAUGUGGUGUCCCUUGACCUAUCAUCUUCUGGAGUUUCUGGCUCACUAGGAGCUCAAAUAGGACUUAUAAAGUACCUAGAAGUCAUCAGUUUGACAAAUAACAACAUUUCUGGUCCAAUCCCUCCAGAAUUGGGCAAUUGUAGCAUGCUUGAUCAAUUGGAUCUUUCCGAGAACUUUCUUACUGGUGAAAUACCAGAAUCCCUUGGCAACCUCAAAAAACUGUCAUCUCUCUUCUUGUACAGUAACUCCCUCAAUGGAGAAAUACCAGAGAGGUUGUUCAAUAACAAGUUUCUGCAGGACGUGUAUCUCUAUUCCAACAAACUCAGUGGUUCUAUCCCUCUGUCAAUUGGUGAAAUGACGAGUCUUAAAUCCCUUUGGUUGCAUAAAAAUGCAUUAUCUGGAGUACUUCCAGAUUCAAUUGGCAACUGCACCAAGUUGGAGGAUGUCUAUCUACUAGAUAAUCGUUUGAGCGGCAGUGUUCCGAAAAGUUUGAGCUAUGUCAGAGGACUGAAGAAUUUUGAUGCCACUGCAAAUAGCUUCACUGGAGAGAUCGAUUUCAGUUUUGAGGACUGCAAGUUGGAGAUAUUCAUAUUGUCAUUCAAUCAAAUAAGGGGUGAAAUUCCAUCAUGGCUAGGGAAUUGCAGUAGCUUGACACAACUUGCAUUUGUCAACAAUAGUCUCUCGGGCCAUAUUCCAGCUUCCCUCGGCCUGCUGAGCAAUCUUUCCAAGUUUUUGCUUUCUCAGAACUCCUUGUCCGGCCCAAUCCCUCCUGAGAUUGGUAACUGUCGCUUGUUGGAGUGGCUAGAGCUGGAUGCAAACAUGCUCGAGGGUACUGUUCCUAAAGAGCUGGCUAAUCUGAGAAACUUACAGAAGCUCUUUCUGUUCGAGAAUCGCCUCACUGGGGAGUUCCCUGGGGACAUUUGGAGUAUCAAGGGCCUUGAAAGUGUCCUUAUUUACAGCAAUGGUUUUACUGGCAAACUACCUCCAGUGUUAUCUGAGUUGAAGUUCUUGCAAAACAUCACACUUUUCAAUAAUUUCUUCACUGGAGUCAUACCACCAGGUUUUGGUGUUCAUAGCCCUUUAAUACAAAUUGAUUUCACCAACAACAGUUUUGCCGGUGGGAUUCCGCCAAACAUUUGUUCACGGAGAAGUCUGAGAGUGUUGGACUUGGGGUUUAAUCUUCUCAAUGGUAGCAUUCCAUCCGAUGUUAUGAACUGCUCAACUUUGGAACGAAUCAUUCUCCAAAAUAACAAUCUGACUGGACCCGUUCCACCGUUUAGAAACUGUACAAAUCUGGACUAUAUGGAUCUGAGUCAUAACUCCUUAAGUGGAGACAUUCCAGCAAGCUUGGGCGGAUGCAUAAAUAUUACCAAGAUAAACUGGUCAGAUAACAAGCUUUUUGGUCCAAUACCACCUGAAAUUGGAAAAUUGGUGAAUUUGAAAUUUCUUAAUCUGUCACAGAACAGUCUACUGGGUACACUUCCAGUGCAGAUUUCUGGCUGCUUCAAACUGUAUUAUCUGGAUUUGAGUUUCAACUCCCUGAAUGGUUCGGCACUCAUGACAGUAAGCAACCUGAAGUUUCUGUCACAACUGCGGUUGCAGGAGAAUAAAUUCAGUGGAGGUUUACCUGAUUCUCUUUCGCAUUUGACUAUGCUUAUUGAACUGCAACUUGGUGGUAACAUUCUUGGGGGUAGUAUCCCUGCAUCCUUAGGAAAGUUGAUAAAACUAGGCAUUGCAUUGAACCUCAGUAGGAAUGGACUUGUGGGUGAUAUUCCAACACUAAUGGGAAAUUUGGUAGAGCUGCAAAGUUUAGAUCUAUCACUUAAUAACCUCACUGGAGGUAUCGCUACAAUAGGAAGGCUGCGGUCAUUGACUGCCUUGAAUGUUUCCUAUAAUACAUUCACUGGACCAGUGCCAGCGUAUCUUCUGAAAUUCCUGGAUUCCACAGCAAGUUCGUUCAGAGGAAAUUCUGGUCUCUGUAUUUCUUGUCAUUCCAGUGAUUCUUCUUGCAAGAGAUCUAAUGUUUUGAAGCCUUGUGGAGGAUCAGAAAAGCGAGGAGUACACGGCCGAUUCAAGGUUGCUCUUAUAGUUCUCGGUUCAUUGUUCAUUGCAGCACUACUUGUACUUGUACUCAGUUGCAUCCUUCUAAAAACUCGAGAUUCAAAGACAAAAAGUGAGGAAUCAAUCAGUAAUUUGCUUGAAGGCUCUUCUUCAAAAUUAAAUGAGGUUAUAGAGAUGACAGAAAACUUUGAUGCCAAGUAUGUCAUUGGUACAGGCGCUCAUGGGACUGUGUACAAGGCAACAUUGCGUUCAGGGGAAGUAUAUGCUAUAAAGAAGCUUGCAAUUUCCACACGCAACGGUUCUUACAAAAGCAUGAUUAGAGAACUGAAGACGCUGGGUAAAAUUCGGCAUAGGAACUUGAUAAAGCUGAAAGAAUUUUGGUUGAGAAGUGAGUGUGGGUUCAUACUUUAUGAUUUUAUGAAACAUGGUAGCCUUUAUGAUGUUCUGCAUGGGGUUCGGCCGACGCCAAAUUUGGACUGGAGUGUGCGCUAUAACAUAGCUCUUGGAACUGCCCAUGGUCUAGCAUAUCUUCAUCAUGACUGUGUCCCUGCAAUAUUUCACCGAGAUAUUAAGCCAAGCAAUAUAUUGCUGAACAAGGACAUGGUGCCACGCAUCUCAGAUUUUGGCAUUGCAAAGAUCAUGGAUCAGUCUUCUGCUGCUCCACAGACCACUGGGAUCGUUGGCACCACUGGAUAUAUGGCCCCAGAAUUGGCAUUUUCCACCAGGAGCAGUAUCGAGACCGACGUGUACAGCUACGGCGUUGUACUACUUGAGCUGAUAACAAGAAAGAUGGCAGUGGAUCCCUCGUUCCCCGACGACAUGGACAUUGCCAGCUGGGUGCACGACGCACUGAAUGGCACGGACCAAGUCGCGGUCAUCUGCGACCCAGCCCUCAUGGACGAAGUGUAUGGCACGGACGAGAUGGAGGAGGUGCGCAAGGUCCUGGCCUUGGCUCUUAGAUGUGCAGCGAAGGAGGCGGGGCGACGGCCCUCAAUGCUCGACGUCGUGAAGGAGCUGACCGAUGCUAGGGCUGCUGCGGUCUCAUCAUCGAAGAAGCCGAAACCGGGCUCCCAUAGCCUGCCCUGAUGGUAGCAUUUGUGACUAGGUUGUUGAAUCCCUUGUGAACAGGUGUAUAUAGUGGGAACGCGCUCUCGAUUGGAUUACUGCAAUUAGCAGUGAUCUUGGCUGAUAAAAAUAGGUUGACUAGGCUGGCAAGUAAGCUUUGAUUUCAGUAACUACUACAGUUUGCAAUUUAGAAAUUGCAGUGGUAAUUUGGCGAAGGAGUGGAACGUGUUGUUUAAUUAUGUUUUUAAGGUAGGACAGAGGAGCAGUGGUGGCUUCAAGUUCAUAUGGAGCAUCAUGUCGAAGCCAACUCCGCCAGUAGGCAAUGGAAAAGCUUGUUUCUUUUGGUUAGACAGAUGGCUGCUCCCAGAACCACUUAUCCUGCACUUUUUUCUCACUGCACUAAACCAUACUCAGGGGUAUAUGCUGUACUAUAUAAUGGUGUGGAUCUUUGUCUGCGAAAUCGACUAACGGCUUGUGCGGAAGAUGAGCUUGCCACGCUUUGUUCACUCUUGAACUCUACUAUCAGGGCUCCCCUUUGCCACCAAACAUGCCUAUCAGCUACUCUCUCAAGGAGCUCACGAUCCAAUUUCUGAAGCCAUUUGGCACUACCAUGUCCCCAUGAAGGUCAAGAUCUUUGGAUGGCUAUUCUACAGGGAUCGACUCAACACCAGAUCAAACCUGCUCAAGAAGCACAUCAUCACCGAUGCUUUAUGUCCUCUCUGCAAUCUCGAAGCUGAAACGAAAACACAUCUGUUCUACCACUGCAUGUUCAGCCGAAGGAUCUGGCAACACGUAGGGAUCACCCCUCCUCAGGCGAUGCCGCUCCCUGGGCGUCCCCUCCACCUCUGGCCGCUGCCUCCUCCCUAUGGCCAUCAGUGGUCCUGACAAUCCUAUGGAAGAUCUGGGAUUCAAGAAACAGCGUGCACUGCCCCCCGUUGUAAUAACUAGGAACAUACUAAAAGACUUUACACCAUGGUCCCAUCGGUUAUGAAAAGCCGAUUGACGGAUAGCCGCUAAUACUUGGGCGUGACUAUCUAUCCUCACGGCUCUCAAUCCAUGUAACACGGAUGUAAUACUUUCUCUUUGAGUAAUGAUUUCUAACUAUA